AUAUCACUUCAGUUCAGUCAUGAAUUAAAAACCACCCUUAGGAUGCCACAUGAAGGAACUUUGUGGUUAAUUCCCUUUCUUUUUACCUGUGGAGGAACGUUUCAGAGAGAUGUAACAGCUGUGGUUCAGACGCAGCAGACUGUUUUAGCAGCAGAGGGUGAAGAUGCUCCUCUCAGCUGUCAGCUCCUGGAAACUAAAGAUGUCCAGCAGGUCACCUGGCAGAAGGUAUUUGGAAGCAAACAGAGAAAUAUCUGUUCCUACAGCGAGUAUUUUGGUCAGACAGUGAAUCCUGACUUUAAAGAUAAAGUCCAGUUUACAGAAGCUGGACUGAAGAAUUCCUCCAUAGUUAUCAGGAAGGUUACAGAGCAGGAUGAAGGAUGUUAUCUCUGCUUGUUCAACAUCUACCCUGAUGGAGCUCUGAAAGGGAGAACCUGCCUGAAUGUUUAUGAGCUCCAUGAACCCGUCCUUGAUGUCAGCAGAUCAAAGCCUCCUGCAGAGUCAGUUGUGUCCUGUUCAGCCACAGGUCGACCUGCUCCCACUGUAACACUGACUGUUCUACAGCAGAACCUCAGCUUCUCCCACUACAACAGCAGCAGUGUGACCCACAGCAACGGUACAGUCACCGUCACCACCACAGCUCUGCUGUCAGCUUCCAGCAGCACACAGGUUGGAUGUUCAGUGUCAGUGCUCUCUGCUGCUCGCAGAGAGAAGCAGAUCACCGUUCCUGGAGUUAAAGGAACAUCUGGAGAUGAUAUGGAUAUACAAUCUGGAUCAGAUGGCAGAGGUUGGAGAUGGCCUGUGAUUGCUGCUCUAAUGGUUACCUUGUUUUGUUUUGCCGUGAUGAUUGGAAUAGGACUUCAAAAAAAGGGAGAAGAAUCCCCAGGAUGACCCAGAGAUUGUACUUAUCAGUUCCAUUCAUAUAAAUGUAUUUCAUCUUUUACAUUCACGUCUAAGGGGACAUAACUUUUUGCGCAAUACAUUUUAGAGCGUAGUUUCUCCUGUUUAAGUCCCUUCAUUUUCUACUGACAUAUUUUUGUUUGGUUGGUUGUUUAAAUUAUUAUUAUUAUUUUUUAAGCCAGACAACUCAUCAGUGUACAACUACAAAGGACCUAAAAGACGAAGGCAUGAAAGACAUAGAAAACAGCGAGUCCCAGUCAACAUCUUGACAUCUGUUGGCUUAUUAACAGUAAAAAAGCAAAGUGUGGUCGGAUGUAUAAGGCAGCUUAACUUAAACAACACUGGCUUAAAGCUGCCAACCAUUCUUUUAACUGUGCUGCUAGACAUUUCUAUAAUUGCCUACUGAAUUUUUACACGUUGCUGUCAGAUUUUUUUCAUUCUUACUUAUCUUUUAAACAUUUUUCCACUUUUGGUUGUAUAUACUUUUUUACUCAUGUGUUUUGUACUUAUUUUACUGA